AUGACUCUUGCAGAUGCAGCACUGAUUUCAUCUGCACAUCAAAUUCGACAAUUAUUUGCAAUAAUAUUAACAACAUGUUUUCCAUCAGAUGCAUCUGCACUGUGGAAUACACAUAAAGACCCAAUGAAACAAAUAUAUAACGAAGCCUUAAUAAUGAUUGAAGAUAUGUCGCUAAUUCAAUUUGGCAUGUCAGCACCGAGCCGAGCAGCAGUAGAUAUCAUGAACAACGAUGUUGAACGUGAACACCAGUUUGAUAAAACUGCUUUAGCUACUUUUGUUGCUAAUAAUAAAAUAUUGCUUACUGCCGAGCAACAAAGUGUAUAUGAUCAAAUCAAUACGUCAAUUGAGGCACAACAGGGCGGAUUCUUUUUUUUGGACGCACCCGGAGGCACUGGAAAAACAUUUAUUAUUUCACUGAUUCUUGCGCGUGUGCGGUCGCAAAAUAAUAUUGCGUUGGCAAUAGCUUCAUCAAGAGUUGCAGCAACAUUACUUGAAGGAAGACGAACUGCGCAUUCGGCAUUUAAGUUACCUUUAAAUGUUCAUGUUAACCUAGAAGAAAUGUGCAACAUAAAGAAGAAAUCAGGAAUGGCGAAAGUUUUGCGAAAAUGA